CCUCAUCUUCGACCCCGUCGCCUCCGUUGUCGGCCAGCCCCCGAUAUCGUUUCUUUCUUCCACGCCAUUAUGAGUUUUUUCUGGGGAACCUCCGAGCCAGCCGAGCCUGUGGCUGUCGAGCCCUUCGACCCAAGGUCCGAAAUGCCAACCAACGGCCGAUUGGGCCACCUCACACCCGAGCAGACCGCUGCCCUGGCUCAGUUCAAACAGGAGCUGGCGGCCGAGGGAUACUAUGACCCCGAGAAGCACGACGACUACAUCCUGCUCCGCUUCCUGCGUGCCCGCAAGUUCGAUCUGCCGGCCUCCAAGAAAAUGUGGAUCGAUUUCCAGGAGUGGCGCAAGAAGUGGAACGUCGACAACACCGUCACCGACUUUGACUUUCCCGAGUGGGCCAUCGUGCAGCAGUACUACCCGCGCUUCUACCACGGCGUCGACAAGUGCGGUCGCCCGAUCUACGUCGAGCAGAUCGGCCUGCUCGACAUCCAGAAGCUCUUCACCAUCACAACACAGGAGCGCAUGAUGCUGAACCACGUCCACGAGUACGAGCGCCUGAUCCUGUACCGCCUCCCAGCAAGCUCGAUCAAGACCGGCGUCCACCUCGAGCAGUCCUUCACCAUCAUGGAUCUCAAGAACAUCUCGCUGUCUCAGUUCUACAACGCCUUCCAUCUCGUCCGCGAGGCCUCGACCAUCGCCCAGAACUACUACCCCGAGAUGCUGGGCAAGAUGGUGGUCAUCAACGCUCCCAUGCUCUUCACCUCGCUGUGGCUCAUGGUCAAGCCGCUCCUGGACGAGGUCACUGUCAAGAAGAUCUCGAUCUUUGGAGGUCCGUCCUCGUAUCUCCCCGAGCUCCUCAAGUACAUUGACGAAGACCAGCUCCCCGCCUUCAUGGGCGGCAAGUGCAACUGCCCCGAGGGCUGCGAGCACUCGGACAAGGGCCCCUGGUCCGACGGCUCUGUCCCGGGGUACCCGGAUCCAAAGUUUGAGCGCCUCCGCGAUACCUACGGAAUCAUCCCAAAGAAGGCUCCUGCAACCAACUGAUCGCUCCGUUUUGCUGUCUGUGCUUUCUCUGGCGAUAUGUAUAUGUGUGUGUUUCCCCCUCCCUCCCUCCCUCCCUCCGUCUCCUCUCCAAUCCGAAUAGCCUGCGAUCGUCCUUCAAGGGCACCACAGAGGAGACGGGGAAACGGGACUGGCAAACAUAUCCGACUCGCUCUACAGCAACCAUGGAAGCUUAAAAAGAAGAAAAGAACCCCCAAAAUGAAAAAAGCCUCACCCGUGCAUGCAAUUUGAUUAUAUAUCUGCCUUUCGUUUUCCCGCUUGUCUCCUCCAUCAGUUUGUGAUUUUGGGAGGAGGGAGGAGCGGAUACUGUUGAAUAGGGCAAUAAUGCCAUACAGGGGCAAUCACUGCCACGAUGGCUGUGGUGCAGUGGUGCAGAGAAUGUAGUGUGGAUCGCGGCCGGUAACCAAGUGAGCGAGUGAGUGAAUGAGUAUGAGUGAGUGAGUGAGUGAGUGAAAGGGGUGUGAUGC